AUGUCAAAAGGAAGAGGAGGGCAACAGGGAGCAGAUGGUCCUACAUUGAAAGACUACCUCGCUAGACCAAGAAUGACGAUGGACGAGUUUAAAAAGACGGUUGCAGAAAAGGAAGGAAAGCUAAACUCUUUGGACAAAUGGGAAGAGAUGUCAACGGAUGAAUACAGACUACAACUGGAAAAGGAUAGAAAGAGAAUCAAAAAGGAGAGAGAAAGAGACAAGAAACGAAAGAGUAGAAAGGAUAGUGACGACUCUGACGACGAUAAGAAGAAGAAGAAAAAGAAAGAUGGAAAGAAGAAGGCAAAUGGUCCUAUUAGACUGUCUGACUUUAUGAAAGAUGAUGAAUCAAGUGACGAUAGUUCAUCAUCCGAAGACGAUGAUAGAAAAUAUAAACGUAAAAGAGAUAAAAGUAGAAGUAGAAGUAGAAGUAGAAGCAGGGACAGAGAUAGAGAUAGAAAAUCAAGAGAUAGAAGCAGAAGUAGAAGUAGAGAUAGAGAUAGAAAAUCAAGAGAUAGAGACAGAAGUAGAAGUAGAAGUAAAGAAAGAAAAUCAUAUGAUAGAGGAUCAUCUUCUUUGGAUGAUGAAAGAAAAUACAAGGAAAGGGAUAGUCGUGACAAAAAGUCAAGAUCUCCUAGUCCUAAACGCAACAGUCGUAGUCGUAGUCGUAGUCGUAGCCGCAGUCACAGUCGUAGUAGAGACAACAAUAGAAAGUAUAGAGAUGAUAGCCGAGAAAGAGAUAGAAAACAUAAAGAUAGAAAAUACAAGUCUGACAGCCGCAGCGAUAGAAAGUCAAGAACUCCAAGUCCCAAACGCAGGGACAGUGUAGAUAGUAGAUCAAAGGAGGAUCGUCAUCGUGGCAGUCGAUCAAGUCCAAGUCGAGCAGAUGAAAAAGUUAUAGAUGUAAAUAUAGCGAGAAGACAAACAAACAAACAUAGUGCUAUCAAAGAGCCAAGGAAUAUUGAUAUUGGGAAUUUAAAAGACAGUUUUAAUCUAAACACACAAUGUUUCUGUGAAUGGAAACAACUCUUUGAGGUUGAAAAGAGACAAGGAAGAGUCCAUAAUUCGAAUAUUGAUAAGAACACUCUAUUAAAUGAAAAUGGAUUGGAUUGGAUUGGAUGGAUGGAUGGAUUAAUAAUGAAAUUAUCAAUUACCAGAUUACUGGUUAUCAUUUUAAUAUUAUCAAUUUCAUUGGUUUCAAUGAUUGAAGCUCAAUCUUGUAAAUAUGUCACUUGGCAGAGAGGUGUGAAUUACCCACUUGGUCAAAUCGUUAAAUACAAUAGUAGUUAUUAUAAGGUGGUGAAUGUCGGUGCCAAUGGAAGUGAUGCUACCGAUCCAACUGUCAGUACUUGGUAUUGGAGUCAAGUUAGCUGUACUUCAUCGUCAUCAUCGGGAUCGUCAACCACAACGACAUCAGGUUCAUCAUCUUCAUCGGGAUCGUCGUGCAAGUAUGUUAAUUGGCAAAGUGGAGUUAAUUACUCACUCGGACAAAUUGUAAAGUACGGUGGUAAUGGAAAAUACUACAAGUUGGUCAAUGUUGGUGGCAAUGGAAGUGACGGUACUGAUCCAACUGUUAGCACUUGGUAUUGGAGUCAAGUUAGUUGCUCAUCAACUGCUUCAUCUACCUCUUCUUCUGGAUCAUCAUCCGGAUCGUCUACUACGGGAUCACCUAGUACAUCGUCAACUUCCUCUUCAUGUAAUUAUGUUAAUUGGCAGAGUGGAGUCAAUUACUCACUUGGACAAAUUGUAAAGUUUAAUGGAAACUAUUACAAAUUGGUCAAUGUCGGUGCCAAUGGAAGUGAUGGUACUGAUCCAUCGAUUAGUACUUGGUACUGGAGUGCUGUCACCUGCUCAUCAACUGCUUCAUCCACCUCUUCCCCGGGAACAUCGUCUGGAUCCGGAUCGUCUACUACAGGAUCACCUUCAACUGGAAGAUUCCCGGUUUCUGAAUCACAAUUCAAUAGUAUGUUCCCAAACCGUAACUCAUUCUACACGUACGCAGGACUGGUCCAAGCUAUGGAUCACUACGCUGCCUUUUCAAGUGAGGGUGGUAGUACUACUGCCAAGAGAGAAGCAGCUGCAUUCUUGGCAAAUAUCAAGCAUGAGACAGGAUCAUUGGUAUAUAUUCGUGAAAUCAAUCAAGCCAAUUGGAACUCGUAUUGUUCACCAUCCGGAUCAUGUGGUGGAAAACAGUAUUAUGGAAGAGGUCCAAUUCAACUCUCUUGGAACUACAACUAUGCUGCUGCAGGUAGUGCUUUGGGUUACGAUCUACUCAACAACCCAGACUUGGUUGCCACCAACGCCAAGAUUAGUUGGGCCACUGCCCUCUGGUUCUGGAUGACUUCUACCGGUGCCGGUGACCGUACUUGCCAUGCCUCUAUUGUCGCUGGGUCAUUCUCUGGUACCAUCAGAACCAUCAACGGUGCCUUGGAAUGCAACAAAAAUAGUGCAACCAUGAGAAGUAGGGUGCAAUAUUAUCAAGAAUUCUGUCAACUAUUAGGUGUAGCCCCUGGUAAUGAUUUGACCUGUUAA